UAUUUUUGUUCAUAUUGAAUUCGAGUUUUUCACCCUUCAGUUGUUUUAGACGUCAACCGACAAAAAAAAAUUUUUAGCGAACAACUCAGCUUUUCUUUGAGUUUCAUUGAUGAUGGUUGUUCGUCAGAGACAGUCAAACAGAAAGGUCAGCCAGCUGCUGACACCAGUUGAUGACAAGGUCUCUGUCGCCACAGAUGGAAACGCUGCCGCAGAAGUUGUUAGCAGCGGUCACGGUCACGAUGACAGCCUUGAAAAGGCUCUGACCGGGCGCACUCCCGACGGAAAAGCGUUCGCGGUUCCCAAGACGCGCGACAUGCUGCAAUCGCUAUUCAAUCCAUUCACGCCCAAGACGACGUUUGACAUGGCCACGUUGCUUAUGCUUAGCACGCACAUGGUGAUCGCAGCUGUAUUCCCGAUGGCUGUCAAGCGCUGGAUCCUCAUGCUAGCAUUUGCCUUCUGGCGUCUGUGCUAUAACGGCGGCCUUGGCUGGAUCCUCAAGUGGCAGAGCAACCACCAUGGGCUGGUUGCCAUGUUCAAGCGCAAUGGAUGGCUGGAUCCCGCUCGCGGUGGCAAAAUUUAUGUUUGGCUCAAGGGCGAGCUUGAGGCCAAAAUGGGCCCUGACUACUCAUUUGAGAAUGUUCCCAUCGAGUUCAAUGUGUGGCUGCUUUAUCGCCAGCUUGUUGAUCUGAUCCUGCUCAACGACUUUGCCGCGUAUUUCUUCCUGUGCAGCUGCUACCUCGGAUCGGCCAACGACUCUGAACCUUGGCACAUGUAUUUGAGAAUUGCCGGCGGUGUCAUCCUACUGGUAUUCAACCUGUGGGUCAAGGUCGACGCUCACCGCGUGGUCAAGGACUACGCGUGGUACUGGGGAGACUUCUUCUUCCUGGUUGAGCAGUCGCUGACAUUUGACGGCGUGUUCGAGAUGGCGCCUCACCCGAUGUACUCUAUCGGCUAUGCGGGAUACUACGGUGGCUCAAUGAUCACCGGCAGCUACACCAUUUUCUACGCCAGUCUGGCCGCACACAUGCUGCAGUUCCUGUUCCUGUCGUUCGUCGAGAACCCGCACAUUGAGAAGACGUAUGAGCGCCCGCCGCUGGCCGUGCAGGUCAUCCAAAGGUCGCGCAACCGCCGCCUGUCGUCAAUUAACUCGGACGUCGAAGAUAUUGUUGGUGACAUCAGUAACCCGGAGUCGGCGUCGGCAUUGGUGUCUGCCGCUGCUGCGGCUCGCAACUCGAUCCGCGAGCGUCCGGCCAGCCUGUGGCAUCCCGACCUGAUCGUGUUUAAAAAUUUUGAUCUGUUCCGUGCCUCGGACAUUCUGAUUCUGCUUCUGCUGUUCUACUCCAUUGCCAUUCCGCUCGGCUUUAUGUGGGUGACAGGCAACAGGCAGCUGGUGCUGACUUAUUCGAUUUUCCAGUGUAUCGGCUGGAUUCUGUUCCGCACCCUGGCUCUGGGCUUCCUGCUCAAGAAGCAGAGCACGAGCCAGCUGAUUACCCGCUGGUACAUCAAGCACGGUGGCAACGGGGAGGAGGCAUUCUCUAGCUGGCGCGCGAUCUACAACACAGUAUCGAUUAUGACCUAUGGCUCAUUCGGGCUGGUUGGUCUGACCGCUUACCACUGGGGCAGCGCUGCCUAUGGCGACCUCGUUCUGUUCCACACACUGGGACUGCUUAUGAUUGGCUUCCAUGUGUGGAGCUCGCGCUCUGUGUAUGAGGUUCUCGGCGACUUUGGGUGGUUUUAUGGCGACUUUUUUGCGCGCGAUCCGUCGAUGCUGUCGCUUGCCCCAGCAGACAUGAAGCUGUACUACACUGGCAUCUACCGCUACCUAAACGAUCCCGAAAAGGUCAUCGGCCAGGCAGCAUUCUACGGAUUGGCGCUCAUCUCGCGUAGCUGGGCUGUGUUCGCGUUGGCCCUGCUUCUCCAGACCUGCAGCUUCCUGUUCAAUGCAUAUGUUGAGACGCCGCACAUGAAAAAGAUUUAUGGUGCCCAGGUGCGCCGCGACUCUGGAAUUGUGCGCACUGUCAAGAAGGCUGUCAACAAGGGCAUUGGUCAGUCAGUAUUUGGGGACGAGCAAAACAAAGCGGAGGACGGUGACAGCGAGCAUCUUCUGUCUGUCGGCUACAACCUUGAGGGUCCCAGCAUGGUCAACAUCCUGACCAGCACGACCAAGCCUGUGAGAGACAUGUUUUUGGAGACCAAGGGCUUACUGUCGACGACUACCGCGCGCCUGGCUGAGAGGACGCUACCAUCGGAACUGUCUAAAAUCGACCACUUGAAUAUGUAUGGCAUCAAACUGCUUCCAGGCGCAGCGUGGCGGGCAUCAGGCAAGCCAGCGGCAGUUAAGAAUGCGAAAUUCUCGUACUACUUGGGUGAGUCCAUCCGCAUCUCCUGGCAAGCGCCGAUUAGCCACUCGCGCCGCGACUGGGUUGGCGUUUAUCCUGUCACAGCCAAUUUUUCCUCGCAGAUCACCACCGCCAGCUCCAAGGGAUGCUACGUGUACACUCACCCCGACGAGAACCUGCUGGCCGAAAUGGUUGUGGGCGACAGCGUGUUUGCCGGGUUUAUCAAGGGCGUUUCCAGCUCAAAGGAGCGCGGCAGCGGCGGCAUAGGUGACCUUUCAUUGCUUAAUGGCAACAACACUUCUCGGAGAAACGGGUCACGGAAGCGCGCUACGGCUGAUAUUGUGCACGGCGAGGCAAUUUUUAGCAGCUCUGCGCUGCCAUUCAAAGUAGGCACCUAUGAGAUGCGGCUGCACCAUGGCGGCACGCACGCGGUGCUGGCCCAAUCCAAGCCCUUUGAAAUUUCUGUUUGCGAGAUAAAGGACAUUGUCCGGGUUUUGGGCGAGCAUGACGAAGACGAUACCCCUGGUGCAAACAGUGACUCGCUUCCUGCAGACACGAACACGAACAUGGAUGCAGACAACAUCGACUAUCUGUCGCAGGCAUUAUUGAAUAUCGUCAACAAGGCAUUUGCAGUCACUGACUCGCACACUGUGACUGCUCCCAAGGACUCGCCUGCGGCAAUGGCUGCGGGCGGGGGCCAUAUCGGUGCUGAGGGCGAUGUCGUUGUGCAGACGGAUGUUGUCGAGCCUCUUGAGUCUGUUGACGACGCGUUUUCGGUUGACGGCGUGUUGGACGAGAAGCAGGCCAAGCGCCUGGGCUACGCCAUCAAGGAGUACCUCGGGGUCGAGUUUGCCCCCGAUGUGCUCAUCCACGCGGCAAAGCACGGCGCGACUGUGCACGAUGUGGCUAAGCGCGUUGUUGAGGCGCGCAAGGCGCUUUCCGCCUAUUCAUCGGUCAAUUUCUGAGCGGCAUUUGUUGUGAUAAAAAAAUUGACCGCAACCUUAAUGAACCACAAAGAACCAAUUCAAGUUUUUUUUGCCAGAAUUUUUCGGGUUUAUUCUUUUUUAUAGCCAUUGCUUUGCGACUGCUUCUUUGCAAAUGUUU